AUGGCUCGCUCCAUUUCAAAUCGGCCUUAUUACUACGAUUUCUCCCGUCCCAACAUAUCGACAACUGCCGAUUUCUCGUCCAACGAUUAUCUGUCCCUUAGCACUGAUCAAGCCCUUAGACACCUUGUUUCACGCCGCCUCGCGUCACUUCACAACCUUUUGGGUGCGAACGGAACUCGUACGUUGGACGGAAACACACAGGAUCACGUAGCACUCGAGGAGACACUUCGUCGGUUUUAUCGUGCUCCCGCAGCCGUGUUUUUCAACUCCGGUUACGACGCCAAUCUCAGCGUUUUCGGCUCUAUGCCACAUGAAGGCGACAUCUAUGUUUUCGACGAGCUUGUCCACACCUCUAUCCGCGACGGUAUACGACUCUCACGCGCCAGCUCCGAUGCUUAUCAGUUCUCACACAACUCUAUGCCAUCGUUGGAGCGUACGCUGAAGAAGGUGCUUGCUCGGUAUCCCGCAGUGGCAGAAGGGAGGUCGACUGUGUUUGUCGUCGUGGAGAGCAUGUAUAGUAUGGACGGAGACUUUUGCCCACUCUUCGACGUCGUCACACUUGUGCGCAGCCACAUUCCACCAUCUGCACGACACUUGAUCAUCGAUGAGGCACAUUCUACGGGAGUUUUCGGGGAAUGUGGCCGUGGAUUUGUAUCUGCUCUCGGUUUGGAGGACGAAGUACAAACGAGAAUCAUGUGUUUUAGUAAAGGCUUGGCCUUUGUUGGAGCUGUCGCUCUUACGUCUAAAUCCUGUAGACGGUAUCUCACGAACUUUGCCAGACCUCUCUGGUUCUCGACGUCUUUACCACCUUGCAAUAUCGCCACGUUGGAAUGUAUUCAUGAAUGGAUGUCCAGUGAUCACGGAGCCGAGCACAUCCACCGCUUGCAGAGAAACAUCGAGUACUUUGUUGGCAGUAUAGAGCGAUCACUCGCUCAAAUACCUCCUCACAUUUUGUCACCUCUUCUUCGCGAUCACUCCUUCAUUGCAUCCUCCGGUACAGUUAUGUCUUCGCCAGUUGUUGCUAUACUGAGUGGGGAAGCGAAGGGGUUGGCAGCUCAUUUGUUGGAUAGAGGAUACUUCUCUCGUCAGCUUGGGUACCCAGUUGUGGAUCGAGGGCUGGAUAGAAUUCGCGUGUGCAUCCGUGCAGACCAUACGCCAGGGGCCAUAGAUAAAUUCAUCGCGACUGUUUUGGAGUGGGCGCAAUCUCAGUUAGUCGGCACUCGUACGAAAUUAUGA